AGAUGGCAGACUUCGAUGCCAUCCACACCAUCGAGCGGGAUGAGGACGACAACGCCUCCUCGUCCCUGGAGUCCUACACGCAGAUGCCCGAGCCCGUCAUCAUCCGAGGCGCGGGCAACAUCACCGUAUUCGGGCUCAGUAAUCGCUUCUGCCGUGAUUUCCCAAGUGCCCUGACAGGAAGAUUAGCCCCGGAGGAGUUCACAGGCUCGGUGGGGCGCGUCAACACUGUGCUGAGGAAGACGCUGCCCGUGUCCGCCCGCUGGCUGCUCUGUGGCUGCUGCUUCUGCCUGUGUACCUGUGGCUGCUCCCUCUGGCCCGUCAUCUGCCUCAGUAAACGGACGAGAAAUGCCAUCGAGAAGACUUUAGAGGCAGAAAACACCAACCUAUACCACAAGCUUGGCCUUCACUGGAGACUGACCAGACAGAGAUGUGAUAACUCUUCCCUCAUGGAGUAUGUCUUGGUCAUCGAGGUCAUACCCAAGAAAGACAUACUGCGGCCGGACUGACGGAGUGGGGCAGCCUCGUCCCCUCCCCCCAGGGCUGCGGGGCGCUGACGUCGGGCCCCCC